AUGAAUAUAUUAUCAAUUAAUAUUAGAGGGGUUAGAGGGAUUGGGAAGGCAGAUUGGAUUAAAGAAGUUAAGAACAAAGAAAAGGCUAGUGGGAGAUCUGGUGGACUUCUUUGUCUCUGGGAUCCCAAAGUUUUUAAAAAAAGCGACUGUAUUAAGGAUGGAAGUUAUCUUUUGAUUAAAGGUAAAAUCAAAGGAUGUGAUGAGAAUGUAUUUAUUGUCAAUGUUUAUGCACCACAAAGCAACAGGGCAAAAAGAGAGUUAUGGGAAAAAUUAGCCGAUUUAAGAAAGGGUGAUGAUGGUUUGUGGUUUUUGAUUGGGGAUUUCAAUGCUGUUCGUGAGGCCGGUGAACAAAAAGGCUUUGUUUUUAAGUCACAUUGUGCUAGAGCCUUUAAUAUGUUUAUCAAUACAACUGAUCUUCAUGAGUUUGAAAUGAAAGGUAGUAAAUUUACGUUUAUGAUGGAAGGUGAGAGGGGGAAGAAACUAAGUAAGAUUGACCGGCUGCUUGUUGGAAGGGAGGUGGUGGAUAGUUGGCCUGGUGCAUGUUUUAGAGCUCUUCCGAGACGGUUCUCGGAUCAUAACCCGAUAUUAUUAUCCUUGGUUGAUCGAAAUUUUGGACCUAGACCUUUUCAUUUUUUUAACUCUUGGAUGGACAAAGAGGGUUUCAAAGAGACAAUUAAAGAGGCGUUCAAGACUUUCCAAGGAGUGGGUCAGCCCGAUGUGGUUCUCAUGCUUAAAUUCAGGUGGCUAAGGGAAAAGCUAAAAAAGUGGAGAGAUGAUUUCAAGAAAAAAGAUGAAGAGGAAGCUGAACUAUGUCGAUUGGAACUUGAGGAACUGGACUUGAAGAUGGAGGAGGAAGAACUAUCAGAGGAUGAAAAAUGGACCAGAGUGGAAGGUGAGAUCAGUAGGGGUUGUGGCUCGACCUUCAUUACCCUUAUCCCGAAAACCAAAGAUCCAGGCUGCCUGGAUGAUUAUAGACCAAUAACGUUGGUCGGGUGUAUCAACAAAGUAGUCUCAAAGGUUCUGGCGAAUCGUCUAAAAAGAGUUUUUGGCAAUUUAAUUUCGGAUACUCAAACGGAGUUCUUGAGUGAUAGACUCAUUCUUGAUGGUCCCUUGAUAGUGAAUGAAGCAGUUCCAUGGGCUAAAAAAGAUAAAAAGAAGAUGUUUAUUUUGAAGGUAGAUUUCAACAAAGCAUGUGAUAAUGUAAAUUGGGGUUUUUUGAUCAGUAAUAUGCAAAAUUUAGGCUUUCCAAAACGAUGGUGCAAUUGGGUUCAUGGAAUUCUUUCGUCAGCCAGAGCUUCUGUUCUAGUCAAUGGAUCACCAACGUUCGAAUUUCAUUGUAAAAAAGGGAUGAGGCAGGGAGAUCCCAUAUCCCCAUUCCUUUUUUUACUUGUUAUGGAGGUCAUUUCGGUUAUGCCGAAAAGAGCAUGUGAGGCUAGGAGGAUACGUGGGAUACAACUUCCUAACCAAGGGCCAAUUCUUUCACAUCUACUCUAUGCUGACGAUUGUAUGUUUAUGGGGGAAUGGGAAGAGGAGAAUCUUAAACAAGUUACACAUCUGUUGAAAGUAUUUCACAUUGUCUCGGGUUUGAAAAUUAAUUUAAAUAAAUCUUUUUUGUUUGCGGUUGGGGUUGAAAACAGUGAAGUAAGUAGGCUGGCGGGUCGCUUUAAAUGUAGGGAGGGGUCUUUUCCUUUUGAUCAUUUGGGUAUUAGAAUUGGAGGUAACAUGAACCGAAUUGCUAGUUGGGACUUCUUGUUCGACAUAUUUGAAGCCAGACUUGCUGUUUGGAAGUCGAGAUGCAUUUCGAUGGCGGGGAGGGUGAUUUUGAUCAAAGCUGUCAUGGAGAGUCUGCCUACUUAUUACUUUUCUUUGUUCAAAGUUCCGGAGAAAGUAAUAAACGGGCUGGAGUCUAUCAUUCGAAGAUUCCUUUGGAAUGGCUCGGGAGACACCAAGAAAAUACAUUGGGUCUCGUGGGAAAAGGUUACAACUCCUAUUAAUUUGGGUGGUUUAGGACUUAGCAAGCUCAAAGAUUCUAAUAUAGCUCUACUUUCAAAGUGGAUGUGGAGGUAUAAGAAUGAACAGGGGGUUCUUUGGAGAAAAGUCAUUGAUUCCAUUCAUAAUACGAAAAGAUGUUGGGAAUUUUUGCCUAGUAACAGUGGUGUAUUGGGGGUUUGGAAAUCAAUUGUGAAGUGUAUUGGUAACGUGAAAGCUAAUGGUGACUCGUUGAUAGGGUGCUUCAAGGGAGUUUGUGGGUCGGGAGAUCAGGUACGUUUUUGGCUUGACAAAUGGGUUGGUGACCAGCCAUUACGAGUUUCUUUUCCUUUAUUGUUUAAACUCGAAAAAGAAAAAAAGUGUUAUGUCAAAGAUAGAGUGGGUACAACAGCAAAUGUUUUUGGGUCAGAAUGUCUAUGGACUCGUUCUCCAUCGACUUCUUAG